UUACACUCCUUUACUUCCCAUUUGCUUCCUCCUAACUCUCUCUAUUUCUGCUGCACUCACUCUGAAAACCCAGAAAGAAAAAAAAUAGAAAAAGGAGAAAAUGGCAAACCCUUACUUCUCUCCUCUUCUCCUCCUUCUCAUCCUCCUCCCUUCCACCACCGCCACCUAUACAGUGGGUGUCAACUACGGCACAGUCGCAAACAACCUCCCACCACCAUCACAAGUUGCUGCAUUCCUCAAAUCCCAAACCACCAUCAACAGCAUCAAGAUCUUUGACGCCAACCCCGACAUUCUCCGCGCCUUUGCCAACACCGGUAUUUCCGUAACCGUCACAGUAGGAAACGGUGACAUCCCUUCCCUCUCAAAACUUGACGCCGCUAAGUCAUGGAUUUCAUCCAACAUUUUACCAUUUUACCCUCAGACUCUCAUCAAAUACAUCGCAGUAGGUAACGAGAUCCUCGCUACUGCUGAUAAAAACCUAAUAGCUCACACUUUGCCUGCCAUGAAAGCACUCAAAUCAGCUCUUGAAAUCGCUAACAUCACUGCCGUUAAAGUCUCCACGCCGCAUUCGUUAGGGAUAUUAUCGUCAUCUGAACCACCGAGUACUGGCCGCUUUCGUAAGGGUUACGAUAAGAGAAUAUUUGCUCCGAUUCUUGAAUAUCACCGUCAAACUAAGUCUCCCUUCAUGGUUAAUCCAUAUCCCUACUUUGGUUUCAGAUCAGAGACGUUAAACUACGCUCUGUUUAAGCCAAACGGUGGCGUUUUCGACUCAGCUACUGGGAAGAAUUACACCAACAUGUUUGAUGCUCAGCUUGAUGCAGUUUUUUCAGCGAUGAAAAGGUUAGGUUAUGAGGAUGUUGAUAUUGUUGUAGCGGAAACGGGUUGGCCUUCAGCAGGUGACCCGAAUCAACCGGGUGUGAGCUUGGAGAAUGCGCUGUCGUAUAAUGGAAAUCUCGUGAAGCAUGUGAAUUCUGGGAUAGGAACUCCUUUGAUGCCUAAUAGAACUUUCGAGACUUACCUUUUCGCUCUUUUUAACGAGAAUCUUAAACCGACCGUUUCGGAGCAGAAUUUCGGGUUGUUUAAACCGGACUUUACGCCCGUUUAUGACGUCGGCGUUUUGCGUAACCCGCGGGCGAAGGGUCCCACAGCACCGGCACCAUCGUCAAGCCAGGGCAAGAAGUGGUGCGUGCCGAAAUCAGACGCUAGCGAAGAUGCGUUGCAGAAAAACAUAGAUUACGUGUGCAGCACCGGAGUAGAUUGCAGAGCAAUACAAGCAGGCGGGCCAUGCUUCGACCCGAAUACAGUGCGGUCACAUGCAUCAUACGCAAUGAACGCCUAUUAUCAGACCUUUGGUCGGCAGGAUUAUAACUGUGAUUUUAACCACACAGGAAGGCUCACCAACUCUGAUCCAAGUUACGAGGCGUGUAGUUAUCCUUUUGACGGGCUAAAGCUGGAAGAGAAGUCGGUGGCGGGAGGAUCGACGAGAUUAUUAUUCAGGAAUGCUGUGGUGGGAUGUUGCUUGAUUUUUGUAAAUUUGAAUCUUUUCUUAUUUUAUAAUUUAUUGUGAGUUAAUAACUUUGUGGGGUGGGUCCAAAAACAAAAAGAAAAAGUUUGAAAAAGGAAAGGGCAGCCUCAUUGUGUGCAUGUAGUUUUGUAUUAUUUAUUUGAUGUUUUGUAUGUUGUUUAUUAUAGGUGCACCUGGAAUUGGGAAUGGUCUUUUCCUUCUUGGUAGGGUUUGCUUUUGAAAUUAAAUUUCUUGAUUCUAUA